GAAAGAGGCGGAAGAGAGUUUGAGUCAACAGCAGCCGCAGAGAGAGGAGCUCUGGGCGGCCGCUGGUUCAGAGCUGCCGUGUGUCGCUGUGAAAGCUAUAAACUGAAAUAAUAAAAGAGUCAGCUGAUGUAAGCGUCCGCAGUGUGACUUACCUUGUUAUUGUUUCCAUACACGGCUGACUGAAUGGCGGCGGCGGGACAGCACGACUCGUCAGAAAGAGGUGGCCUGUCCUGCUCUGUGUCUCGCUAUGGCUCCACAGACAGCAGUGGGGAGUACGACCAUCAGCGUAACAGUCAUGGCAGCAACCACAGCAACCAUCGUUUACCCACGGCGGCGGCAGGUCAUUGGGUCGGGGCUGAGCAGGAAGAGGAAGCCAUUCGCAGGAAACUGAAGUAUUUCUUCAUGAGCCCUUGUGAUAAAUAUCACGCCAAAGGCCGCAAGCCUUAUAAGCUGAUCCUGCAGCUGCUCAAGAUUGUUGUUGUCACAGCUCAGUUGGUGCUGUUUGGCCUCAGUAACCAGGUGGUGGUGACCUUCAAGGAGGAGAACACUAUGACAUUCAAGCACCUCUUCCUCAAAGACUACGACGAGUCUUCAGACGACUCCUUUGCUGUUUAUACGCAGAACGACGUCUACGACCACGUGUUCUACGCUGUUGAGCAGUAUCUGGCUUUACCGCAGACUACAGUGGGACGUUAUGCAUAUGUCUACGGUGUUGGUGUGAAUGGCAGUGCGCUCUCCUUGUGCCAACAGUACUACAAGAAAGGAAGCAUCGAUCCAGCCAAUGACACCUUCAGUAUAGACCCACGUGUCAUCACAGACUGUAUAGGCGUGAACCCGUUGUCAGUCCCUCCAGCACCGCUCGGCAACAGCUACAAGAACUUUACACUCAAGUUCCACAAGUUCAUUAAUGUCACCAUCGAGUUCCAGCUGAAGGCGAUCAAUAUACAGACCAUCAUCAACAAUGAGAUCCCAGACUGCUACACUUUUUACAUAACGAUAGUCCUGGACAACAAGGCUCACAGCGGCAAAGUGAAGAUCCGGUUAGAAAACCAGGCAUCCAUAAAAGAGUGUAAAGACCCGAGCGUCUCUGGACACGCUGAGAACUACACGCGUCUAGCGUUCGAUGUUGCUGUGGCUCUGCUGUGCAUGCUGUCACUGCUGCUGUGUGGACGCUCCAUACUGCGAGGCAUCAUGCUGCAACAGGAGUUUGUGCACUUCUUUAAGGAGACUCUGGACCGUAAAGUGUGCUGGGGUGACCGGCUGGAGUUCAUUAAUGGCUGGUACAUCCUCCUCAUCAUCAGCGACAUUCUCACCAUCAUUGGCAGUAUCAUUAAAAUCGGCAUUGAGUCAAAGAAUAUGUCCUCGUAUGAUUUGUGUGGCAUCCUGUUGGGAACCUCCACACUCUUGGUGUGGGUUGGAGUAAUUCGCUACCUCACAUUCUUCCAGAAGUACAAUAUCCUGAUCGUGACGCUUCGAGCAGCAUUCCCUAAUGUGAUUCGGUUCUGCUGCUGCGUGGCUGUCAUCUAUCUGGGCUACUGCUUCUGUGGCUGGAUUGUCCUGGGACCGUAUCAUGUCAAGUUCCGCUCUCUGUCCAUGGUGUCAGAAUGCUUGUUCUCCCUCAUCAAUGGUGACGACAUGUUUGUGACAUUCUCGGAGAUGCAGGAGAGCAGCACUCUGGUGUGGGUGUUCAGCCAGGUGUACCUAUAUACCUUCAUCUCCCUCUUCAUUUACAUGGUGCUGUCACUCUUCAUUGCUCUCAUCACUGGAGCCUAUGAGACCAUCAAGCACCAAACCCAAGAACCCAUCCACAUCACAGACCUGCACGCCUUCAUAGCCGAGUGUACAGACGCACCAAACUCGGGGAAGUUCAGGGGUCUGGAGACGUCGCCGUGCUCCUUCUUCUGCUGCUGUGACAGAACGACGACAUAUGAGGACGUCCUGCUAGUGAACUGAAGUUGACCUCAGUAACCUCACUCUCCCCCCCUGCUGACCACAGAGAUACACUGCACACUCCUGAUGUCUCCCAGUGUCUCAAUAUACUCUAUCUGGGUAAAACCUCAGCACUCAUGUAAGGACGAGUCAAAAUCAACCGGAAAGCACUCUGCAGGAGGAAUGUGUAACAAGGUUCGUGUUAUCGGACCUCUUUUCUGGCCUUGAGUCUAUGAAGAAGAAAUUCAGGGCUGAUGCAGGACUACUGGAUUACCAAUGAACAAACAUUUCUCUGUUCCUUGUUGGACUGAAACAGUAUUUUUUAUGUAUUUAAUGAUGCACAAUGCUGAACCAGGGACUGAUACUAAGUGGGUACAGGUGCCAUGAUGAGGACUGGAGUGGUGCAUACGUGGUGCUUUCUGUUUUUAUUGUUGUGUUUUUCCCUUUUAUAGUAUUUCACCAUAGAUUACAUCUUGAAGACAAAGCUCUUCAGUUGAAGCAUUUAUACAUCUCAUGAAACAUAUGAAGGAUAAGUUGUAUCCUUUUAGACCCAAAUACUCUGUAUUUUGAAACACCAUAACAUCCCUUAAACUGUCAUAACUGUUUCUCUGGGACACGUUAACUCAUACAAAAUGAAGGAAAUCUGCCUUUAUUGUAGCCUUUCUUUUAUAGACAAUCAGAGAGAUGGUGUUCAGACUACUGUCUGAAAAGGACCACAAAUUGAUGUUUUCUCUCCUGCGAGCUACAUCUACAGUACAAAGUUUCUACUGCACAAGUAUCAUGUUGCCUUCAGAUGUGGAGUCUGUAUUGUGUUUUUCUUGUUCCACUUGCUUGCUGUAGUGCAUUUAUCUGAGUAAUGAUCAAUAUAAUGUCACUAAUGAACCACUCAACGUUCCCUGUGGUUUGCUACAACAAGGAAAGCUCUUCUCCAGACCCGUGUGCAUGUUUCUUUAAUGAUGCCAAAGUAUGUUAAGAUACAAAGAGUUCAUCUAUUGUUAAGGAGCCAGUCCCUUUCUUUGACUGGCUGACUGCAGUCUUCAAAACUGUAUCUGACAUGUUGGAAAAAAAUGACUUGAAAUGCCUUACAAAGUGGAGCGGGGUUUAGCCUAGAUAACAGAACGACAACUUAAUGACAGCAGAAGCAUAAUUGUAGCUCUGUUAUAAUGUCCUUUCAAGCUGAAUCAUAGUGUUGUAUUUGUUUUUUUCAUAAUGAUGUCUUGUCUUCAACUGUCGCUCAGCGACUGAAUCUUGAAUUUCUAACUUUGUACCGCAUAAAACGCACAAUAGCUCAAGGAGUGUCCGUCUAGACUCCAGAACGUGUUUUUAGGAAAUAAGUUUUGUUUUUGGUGUGUUUGAUUUGAUUUCUGGUCCAAAUAAUAGCAGGUUAUUACUUUUAUUUUUAUUUUGUUUUUUUUGUUGUUUUUUUUUACAGUAAUCUAGUACUAAGCUAAAUCUGCUGAUAGACUUCUCGGUGGCAAACAUGCCAAAAUUAUUCACUGCCUUAACUUUAUAUUGUAUUACAUACAUAUAUUUAUAUACGUAUACAUAUAUGUUGUCUAGUAUUAUCUAGAUGUACCUUUCCACAUCUUCAUGUUGUCAUGUUUCUUUUAUGCAGAUGAUGCACUGAAACAUUAGAGAUGGGUCAUCUGAAGUCAUCUCCUUGGUGUCAUAUACUGUAUGUUGGCAUUCUACUGAUUAAAGAUUCGCAGAUCGUCUUUGAUAUUAAGACAGUUUAAUUGCCUCCACCAAGGAGGUUAUGUUUUCACUCAUGUCCGUUUGUUUGUUGGUUUUUCAGUUGGAAUACACAAAACCUACUGAACGGAUUUUUGAGAAACUUGGAUGGAAGAUGGGUCCCAGCCCAGAAUAGACCUCAUUAACUUUUGGUGUGAAUGCAGAUAAAAAGAUAGAUGCAUGAAUUUUGAAUUUUUAACAUAUUGACAUUAUUAUAUACAAGUUUCUCAGGGAAUAAUGCAUGAAUCUUGAGGGAAAAAAGCAGGCAUAUUUAAGUGGCUGGUUUGAUUGGAUCUAAAUAAAAACCCGGACGCUCAGCCCAUGA